GGCCAGCGGCGCCGGGCGGCGGGGGAUUGGUCAGCAGCUCGGAGGGGGUGGGCCCGCGCCGCGCGCAGCGCCUCGGCUGGAGCGCGAGGAGCAGCUCCCGCCGCCUCAGUCGCCUCAGACUCGGUCGCCUCAGGCUCUGUCGCCGCCUCGAUCGCCCCGUCGUCACCCGCUCCCCCCCCAUCCCGGCCCCACCCCGGGCUCCGGCCCGGGCCAGCCGGCGGGCACGCCCUCCUCCGCGGACAGGUAGGUGAGCCGCGGGACAAAGUCAACCCUGUCAGUCACCAGUUCCAGCUAUGAUGCUCUAAGUCACAAGAAGUCUGAACACUUGCUGUCUAUGGAUCUGCUCUGACUCUUAGAGCCUGCUUAUGGGGGAAGGUGACGCCAUCUGGUCCCCAUCUGUCCUUCCUCACGGCACCCUCGGCACCUUAAGCCACUACUCCCAGCCACAUUUUGGGAGAAAGAUGGAGUCAAAGGUCUCAGAAGGUGGCCUGAACGUGACCCUGACAAUCCGUCUGCUGAUGCAUGGAAAGGAAGUUGGAAGCAUCAUCGGGAAGAAAGGAGAAACUGUGAAAAAGAUGCGUGAAGAGAGCGGUGCCAGGAUCAACAUCUCUGAGGGAAACUGCCCGGAAAGAAUCGUGACCAUCACGGGCCCCACGGACGCCAUCUUCAAGGCCUUUGCCAUGAUCGCCUACAAGUUCGAGGAGGACAUCAUUAACUCUAUGAGCAACAGCACUGCCACCAGCAAGCCCCCAGUGACGCUGAGGCUGGUGGUCCCCGCCAGCCAGUGUGGGUCCCUGAUCGGCAAAGGCGGCUCCAAGAUCAAGGAGAUCAGGGAGUCCACAGGUGCCCAGGUCCAGGUGGCCGGGGACAUGCUGCCCAACUCCACAGAGCGGGCAGUGACCAUCUCGGGGACCCCUGACGCCAUCAUCCAGUGCGUCAAGCAGAUCUGUGUGGUCAUGCUGGAGUCCCCACCGAAAGGUGCCACCAUCCCCUACCGCCCAAAGCCCGCCUCCACCCCUGUCAUUUUUGCAGGUGGUCAGGUAAGAGCCGACCCGCUCGCGGCCUCCACUGCCAACCUCAGCCUCUUACUGCAGCCCCCGCCGCUGCCCGCCUACACGAUCCAGGGACAGUACGCCAUCCCCCACCCAGAUCAGUUGACCAAGCUCCACCAGCUGGCCAUGCAGCAAACCCCCUUUCCUCCCCUCGGACAGACCAACCCCGCUUUCCCCGGAGAAAAGCUGCCUUUACACUCCUCCGAAGAAGCUCAAAAUCUGAUGGGCCAGUCGUCAGGUCUGGACGCCAGCCCCCCGGCCAGCACUCAUGAGCUCACCAUUCCCAAUGAUCUAAUAGGCUGCAUAAUUGGACGCCAAGGGACCAAAAUCAAUGAAAUUCGACAGAUGUCUGGAGCUCAGAUCAAAAUUGCCAAUGCCACAGAAGGGUCAUCCGAGCGCCAGAUCACCAUCACAGGGACCCCAGCCAACAUCAGCCUUGCCCAGUACCUCAUCAAUGCCAGGCUGACAUCUGAGGUCACUGGGAUGGGUGCGCUCUGAUCCUGCCCGUUGGCCUCCAGUCCGUGAACCCUGACCUCCACCCGGCUCGCACACUCUGUACAGACCGCCCACCCACCCUUCAUCGCAAAUAUAGAGGUUUUCUUUACUAACAAGUUAUCUAUGCCAUAGACAUACACACGCCAACAAAGCAAAUCUAUAUUAUAUCUCUGUCAGCUCCAGGCUCUGUCCCUGAUACUUCCCUCGGAAUUAAUUUAUGCUCGUGUGUUCAUGCAUUGGCAUGCAGUGUUAAUUAUUUUAAAUGCUUUGGGGGCACUCCCAUCUGUGACAUUUUAGAAAUUCUGUCCAUUAGUGUCCAUGUACCUGUUUAUGAAUUGUUUUGACAUUUUGACAGCACUUCCCACAAGCCGUCUCUCCUAGACCGCCUAGAACUGUGGUUGCUUUGAGCGGGUUUGCUCCCACCCAGCACCCCCUGCUGACUCGCCACCCCCCGCCCCCGCCAGAGCCUGUGCUUGCUCAGCCCACGUGUCCACAUAGGUCUGCACUGGGGGCAGGGGAGAGAGAAUGGAGGACCGGGUCCUGGGUCACAGUGCAGGUGAGGUGGGGGGUGUUGGAGUCCUGACUUCACUGAAUUGUCACGUGCUGGGGAUGCACACAUGGGCCCCCAGGCAUCUUUGGGGGGCUGGCCAGGAAGCGCCUCUGCACCACGUUGUAGUUCAAUAAAUACUGUGCGCUG